UUGCUGUUCCAACCAUUUGUUGUCUUUAGGUCGCGAGUGAGGUUAUGGAAUGAGUUAAUUCUUUCGAAAUAUGUGUUAUUGCAUAGACUAGCGGUAACAUUAAGUGUUAUUUAGUCAAAGUAUUGUUGAAAAGUGUUCACCUAGUUUAUAAAACGUUAAAGUGACUCCUGCUCAAAUUGAUUCUACAUUGUAAACAACUAAACAAGUGCUGUGCUACUAAAAUUGUGUCGAACUUAAAACUUAUCAACAAUGGCCGUGUCGAUGUCCACUAAACUAUUAUCGUUGUGUAAAAACGCUGCAAAUUUAAGAGCUUUGUCGACCACAUGCCCCAAAAACGCAAAAGUUACGUUCAAUUGGGAGGAUCCCCUGAAUUUAGAUGGACAAUUACUUGACGACGAAAAGGCGAUAAGGGACUCAUUCAAAGCUUAUUGCAACGAGAAACUAGUACCAAGAAUAAUCGAAGCGAACAGAAAUGAAAUCUUUGAUAGAGAAAUUUAUAAGGAGAUGGGAGAAAUGGGCGUUCUCGGAUGUACCAUUAAAGGCUACGGAUGUGCCGGUGUCUCCUCGGUCACAUACGGGUUAUUGACGAAGGAGUUGGAUGGAGUAGAUUCUGCUUACAGGUCAGCAAUGAGUGUCCAAAGCAGCUUAGCUAUGGGAGCCAUAUACAUGUAUGGGUCCGAGGAACAAAAACAAAAGUAUUUGCCAAGAAUGGCCACGGGAGAACUAGUAGGAUGUUUUGGUUUAACAGAGCCGAAUUAUGGAAGCGACGCUGGUGGUUUAGUGACGAAAGCUAAAUAUGACGCUAAAAAUAAAACCUACGUACUUUCGGGAUCAAAGACAUGGAUCACUAACUCUCCGAUUGCUGACAUACUGGUUGUGUGGGCGAAAGAUGAUGAAAACAAAGUGCGAGGUUAUAUCGUCGAAAGAUCGCAAGUCAAAAAAGGUCUCGAUACUCCUAAAAUCAAUGGGAAAUUCUCUUUGCGAGCAUCGGCCACGGGCAUGAUAUUGCUCGACGAAGUGGCUAUACCGGAGGACAAUUUAUUGCCCAACGUAGUAGGUUUGAAAGGGCCUUUCGGAUGUCUCAAUAACGCGCGAUAUGGGAUCGCUUGGGGCGCUCUCGGUGCCGCUGAAACAUGUUUGCGGAUUGCCCGUCAGUACACAUUAGAUAGGAAACAAUUUGGGAGACCGCUCGGAGCCAACCAGAUUAUACAGAAGAAACUGGCUGACAUGUUGACUGAGAUAGCCCUCGGGUAUCAAGCUUGUGUGCGGGUGGGUCGACUGAAGGACGAAAAUAAGGCAGCUCCUGAGAUGGUUUCGUUAAUCAAAAGGAACAAUUGUGGGAAGGCUUUGGAAAUAGCAAGAGUAGCUCGGGACAUGCUGGGAGGUAACGGUGUGUCGGAUGAAUACCACGUUAUUAGGCAUGUUAUGAACCUGGAGGCCGUCAACACGUAUGAAGGCACUCACGAUAUUCAUGCGUUGAUAUUGGGUAGAGGUAUCACUGGAAUACCUGCGUUUUCGUAAUUAUUGAUUAAGUAUGUUAUCUUGUACAGAAUAAUGCAUUGUUAUAUACUCAAAUUGUUAAUUUUAUUAAAAUAUUUUUGAAAAAGGU